AUGUGGUUUUCAAGACUGACAUCUCAAACAUCCCUAACAACACUUGUCCGGCAACCUAAAAAGAUCUCAAGCUAUCAGUUACCACUACUGCCGGUGAAAAGUACUCAUGGACAAGAACCUCAACCGAAUGGAAGUUUGGAACCUGCAGAGCUGGUUGGAGAAAAAAUAAGCCUUGUAAGUAAGUAA